ACAUGGAUUCUCGGAAGGCUACAGCAGCACCGAGCGGCAUAAUGCUGAUCCGUGCCGGAUCGAUAUUUUUAAUCGGGAUCAUCAUUUUCCUACCAGUGAUAGCUGCCCUGCGAGACGUCCAGGUACAGGUGCCACCUGCCGUGCAGCGGGGACAAACAGCCACCCUCCACUGCUACUACGACAUGGACGGGGAAAGUUUGUACUCAGUUAAAUGGUACAAGGGACGGCGCGAGUUCUAUCGCUACACACCGAAGGAAAGCCCACCGAUGAAAAUAUUUCCCGCCCAGGGAGUACAAGUGAAGCGUUCUGCUUCCAACGAAAGCCAACUGACGCUGCUCGGACUUUCGCUAGCCUCGUCCGGCAAGUAUAGCUGUGAAGUGUCAGCCGACGCACCAUCCUUUCACACAAUGAUCGUGACCGGUGAUUUGGAAGUGUGCGAGGUUCCGAAGCAUAUGCCCUCGAUACACGGUAUGCGAUCGCGGUACCGGGUCGGUGACAUUGUACGUGGAAACUGCACGUCGCACAACUCGCGACCUCCGGCCAACCUUACCUGGUACAUUAACGAGGCACAGGCUAAUCCAUCGUACAUCCGCACACACAAACCGUUCCGGGAGCGAAAGAACGACUUCGAGACAUCGCUUGCCGGCAUACAUUUUGUGGUGGGCAGUCACCACUUCGUAAACGGGAAGCUGAAGAUCCGCUGUACAGCCAGAAUUCAUGACAUCUACAUACAAUCUACGGAACGCUCAAUUGACGAAGAUCGACCACGGGUUAUUUCGGCAGCAUCGUCUGCAAACAGCAAUGGCAAUGGUGUGAAUGGGAAUUCGGUGCCCUACGAUCAUUUUCCACCAUACGCUGAGAAUGAACUCGAUCGAAAGGACUACAUGACACAUCUACAGGGAGACAUGGCCGCCUCUGGGAGUGCUCCCACCGCUCGUCCUCUUCUUCCACCCGUUUCCCUCACCAGUUUCGACCAUUUCCGGCUGCCAUCCAUCAAUCACUUCAGCUGGACGUACGGCCCACUCACUGUGCUGCUUCUGCCCCUAGCACAUCCACUGCUGAGUACGCUUCUCAAACGGCUGUCAGCAUCUCUGCGGGCAUGA